CAAUUUUUGCAUUUUACUGUUAUAAAAAAGUGUAAAUAAAUUAUAGUAACAAAGGGGGCAAGCAAGCCACAUGACCAAAAUGUACGUGUCGAUACUAGUAACCCGAUCAUGGUUAAAACAGUGGACCCUCCACUCCAACGCCAUUAAAGCCACCUUCACAAACUUUACACCACCACCAUAAACUCUGCCGUCGCCUCUCUGCACCGACGGAACAAAACCCUUUUUCUCCUCACAAUUUUUCUCAAACUUGUUGAUAAGUUGCCGGAGAUUCUUGAAGAUAUCAAUUGUUUUUUCCGGAAUUGAGUUAAAAGUAGGGUGUCAAACUACCGUUCGGAUUUCUGAUUAGGAAAUGAAGUCGCCGGAGAUUUACCAGUCCCAAUUUUCAGCUCCCAUGGCGAGGAACAACGGAGGAGGACGGCGGUCGUCGUUGUCGAUCGCUUCCGAUGCUUUCAUCUUCUUCUCCGGCGCCGUGGCCGCUCUGUUACUCGUCUGGACUUUUUCUACUUUCUCAAAUCCUCAACCUCAGCCAACUCCUAAUUUCGAAACACGAAUUCCCGAUCCCAAAUCCUCUGUCAUCGAUAACGCCGGUUGCGCCGGUAGCUCCAGUGGCUUUAACCUCCAAUACGACCCACCCGAUCCGACCUUUUACGAUGACCCGACUAUCGGUUACACCCUCGACAAACCCAUCAAAAAUUGGGAUGAAAAGAGACGAGAAUGGCUGAAACAACACCCUUCAUUCGAACCGGGUUCCGAUGAAAGAAUCCUCGUCAUCUCCGGGUCACAAUCCGGCCCGUGUAGUAACCCGAUCGGCGAUCAUUUGUUAUUGAGGUUUUUCAAGAACAAAGUAGACUACUGCCGGAGACACGGGUACGACAUCUUGUACAACAACGUUUUACUCCACCCAAAAAUGCACACCUACUGGGCCAAAAUCCCGUCGGUUCGGGCCGCAAUGUUGGCCCACCCGGAAGCCGAGUGGAUAUGGUGGGUCGACUCAGACGCCGCCUUCACCGACAUGGACUUCAAGUUACCGUUAAAACGUUAUAAAGAUCACAAUUUCGUCGUUCACGGCUGGCCCAAGCUGAUCUACGAGAAGAAAAGCUGGACGAGCUUAAACGCCGGCGUUUUCUUGAUCCGAAACAGUCAAUGGGCUCUUGAUUUCAUGGAUGUUUGGUCGGGUAUGGGUCCUCAGACUCCGAAUUACGAAAAAUGGGGCRAAAUCUUGAGGGAAACYUGCAAAGACAAGUUUUUCCCCGAAUCCGACGAUCAAACAGGUCUGGUUUAUUUAUUAUUAAAAGAAAAAGAAAAAUGGGGGAAUAAAAUAUACGUGGAAGGUGAGUAUUACUUCGAGGGGUAUUGGUUGGAAAUAGUGGAGACAUUGGAGAACAUAACGGCGAAAUAUAACGGCGUUGAGAGAGAGGUGCGCAGGUUAAGGAGACGGCAUGGGGAAAAGGUAAGCGAUGGCUAUUCUGCGCUGUGGGAGGAGUACUUAAAAGACGCUGGUUUCGGGAAGUUUAGUUGGCGGCGGCCGUUUAUUACUCAUUUUACGGGCUGUCAACCGUGUAGCGGGCAGCAUAACCAGAUGUAUUCUGGGCAGAGUUGUUGGGACGCUAUGCAGAAGGUGUUGAAUUUUGCUGAUAAUCAGGUGUUGCGUAAUUAUGGGUUUGUACAUCGCGAUCUACUGGAUUCGGCCUCUGUCUCACCGUUGCCGUUCAAUUAUCCAGCAUGAUUGAUAACCCCAUUAUGGAUGAGUGGAGACAUAUGCUUACCCCAGUUGGAAAAAGGCAAAAACAUAUGUUUUCCAGUCUAUCG